AUGAGACAUUUAUCGAAUAACUUGACGAUAACUAUGAAGAACAAGAAGAGUGCUGCGAUGACUACGAAAUUUGUAUUGCAACUACAGAUCGAGAUGAAGAAAUUAUUGUUUACAAUCAAGAUAUUGUCAUGGAAGAUAAUUGAGUUAGUUGAAAAUUGGACUUUUCUUAUAACUUUUUUAUUUCAUAUUGGUACAAUCCCUGCUAACAGUAAAGCAAACGUCACAUUGUCAUUUAAAUAA